AUGGCAAUACGUUCUGCUAAUGAGGCUUUAAUGAAUCUUCCACCACGAAUAAGAACUUUUAGCAAAAGGAAGAGAAGUUCGGAAUGGUGGGAUGUUGAAGUUCUGCAGUUCUAUGACGAUGAACAAUGGAUUGCUGAUUUUCGAAUGAAUCGACAAAUAUUUUUCAGGCUUGUAGAUUUGCUUAAGGAUAAAAUGGCACCAACAGAAAAUACUUUCUUUGAAGGGUUGUCUGUUCAAAAGAAAAUAGCUAUUGCAGUUUACAAACUUGCCUCUUGUGCUGAAUACUGUGUAAUUGCAAAGGGAUUUGGAGUAUCAAAAAGUACUUCGGCAAAAUUAUUAUCCUGGCCAAAUGCAUCAGAAUGUGAACGCAUAGCCUCGAGAUUUGAACAAAAAUUUAAACUGCCAAAUAUUAUUGGUGUUAUAGACGGCACUCAUGUACCAAUUAAAUCCCUACAAGACGGUGCUACAGACUUUCGUAACAGAAAGGGUUAUAGUUCCAUUGCAGUGCAAGCUAUUGUGGAUGAUCAAUAUUUAUUUAAAAAUAUCACAAAACAAAAUCAUGGCUGUGCACACGAUGCAUCAGUGCUUAGGGGCAGUUCUCUACACAAAAACCACAAUUAA